GGUGCGUUCCCAAAUAUACUUCUUAUUAAUAAAUGUUAAAGAUUUUUCUUCGGUUCAAAACACCCACCAAAUUAUUAAACGUCCCUCCAACUAAUCUAGCAAAAUAAGAAGUUACGUACACAUACAUUCUCGUCUCUCUCCCCUGUCAAGCCGGCCAGGCCAGGCCACUUUUAUCUCACAUUUUCAGACUCUCGAUCGUCUGAUCUCAGAUGGCUUCGUGGUUAGGUUUAUUUGGUCACGUUUUUGUUGCUCUAACUCUCUCCCUGGUGCCGGCAUCAUCACAAUACCAUCAUGUGCAUGGCUGCAAUUAUUUCGAAGGGAGUUGGGUUCUUGAUAAUUCGUACCCUCUCUACAAUGCAUCGAGUUGUCCGUUCGUCGGAAAAGGAUUUGACUGCGUGAAGAACGGCAGACCUGAUAAGGAAUACCUCAAAUAUAGAUGGCAGCCUAAUGAUUGUGAUCUUCCAAGUUUUAAUGGUCAGGAUUUCUUGGAGAGACACAGAGGCAAAAAGAUCAUGUUUGUGGGGGAUUCCUUAAGUAACAACAUAUGGCAGUCUCUAACUUGCAUGCUUCACUCCGCAGUCCCCUACUCUGAAUACGCCACAAGCCAGCAGAAGCAGCUCUUCACUUUUUCAUUCCCAGAAUAUGGGGUUUCAGUUAUAUUUCUGAAAAAUGGAUUCCUGGUGGACUUGGUUAAGGAAAAGGUAGGCAAAGUUCUAAGGCUGGAUUCCAUCAGUACAGGUGAUCAGUGGAAAGGAGUAGACGUUCUAAUCUUCAACACCAACCACUGGUGGACCCAUACCGGGCGCUCUCAAACGUGGGAUUACUUUCGAAUAGGCAACACCCUCGUGAAAGAGAUGGAUCAUAUGAAAGCUUACAAGAUAGGGUUAACGACUUGGGGUAAAUGGAUCGACUCAAACAUUGAUCCCUCGAAGACCAGAGUUUUCUUUCAAGGAGUUUCUGCCUCUCAUAUUGUUGGUAAGGAAUGGAAUGAUCCAAAGGCAAAGGAUUGUCGUGCAGAAACACAACCAGUAGAGGGAUCAAAGUAUCCAGGCCCCAAAAAUCCAGGAGAAGAUGUGGUAAAGAGUGUGUUAAGUAGAAUGUAUAAGCCCGUUUAUUUGCUCGACAUUACUUUGCUCACACAGCUAAGAAAAGAUGGCCAUCCUUCUACAUAUACCGGCGCAGGCAGUGCUUUUGUGGAUUGCAGCCAUUGGUGUCUCGCUGGUGUUCCUGAUACUUGGAAUGUAAUUCUUAAUGCAGCUUUGCUUCAGAAGUAAUUUAAUUUCCUUUUUCCUUUUUUAUAUUUAUUUUUAUUAUUUGGAAUAUGCAUGGUACGUACAAACAUUUUAAUCGGAAUCAUGACGGAUUUAAAUCUUUGGCUC